UGCGUAGUGUGACCGUGCGCAGCCCGGGAGGCGGGUCUUAGCUCCUAGGUGCGUAUGGCAGCUGAGGUGGCGAAACUUCGAGGUUUGGGGAGAGGGUGCCGGAUCCAGGUGUAGAAAGGGGAGGUAUCAAGGCGAGAAGAGCGGGUCCGCUCCUCUCCCGCCUGGAAAGUGGUUUCUGCCGGUCCCUGGGAACACCGGAGUAUCGGAUCUCGAUCCGUGGGGGCGGGGUCCUUGGAGGGGACGGAGCGACCCCUCUUGGGAACAGGCGGUCUAUUCGCAGGGACUGCUGUUGGAGUCUGAUUGGUUAGAGAGACAUUCCCUAAACCCCUGGGGAGCCCAACCCUUGGGGUUGGGGGAUCCCCAGUUCAGUACUCCUGCAUCUCCUAUCAUCGCAGGGCCCCUUCCCUAGUGACAUAUGUCCCUUGUCCGGGGCCAUGGAGACAUUGCAGCCACCACGGCGGCGCCUCUGUCUGAAGAAGGGGAAGUGACCUCCGGCCUCCAGGCUCUGGCCGUGGAGGAUACCGGAGGCCCCUCUGCUUCGGCCGAUCAAGCCGAGGAAGAGGGGGAAGGAGGCCGGGAGGAGACUGAGCAUGAGGGGUCCGGGGCCGAGGAGGUGCAGGGAGAAGCCCCCAGCACUGAGGGGGAAGAGCAUGCCAAGGGAGAAUCCGAGGACUGGUGCGUGCCCUGCAGCGAUGAAGAGGUGGAGCUGCCCGCGGAUGGGCAGUCCUGGAUGCCACCCCCCUCGGAAAUCCAAAGGCUCUAUGAACUGCUGGCUGCCCACGGCACUCUGGAGCUACAGGCUGAGAUCCUGCCCCGCCGGCCACCCACACCUGAGGCCCAGAGUGAAGAGGAGAGAUCCGAUGAGGAGCCAGAGACCAAAGAGGAGGAAGAGGAAAAACCGCACAUGCCCACAGAAUUUGACUUUGAUGAUGAGCCAAUGACACCAAAGGACUCCCUGAUUGACCGGAGACGCACCCCAGGAAGCUCAGCCCGGAGCCAGAAACGGGAAGCGCGCCUGGACAAGGUCCUCUCAGACAUGAAGCGACACAAGAAGCUGGAGGAGCAGAUCCUUCGUACUGGCAGGGACCUCUUCAGCCUGGACUCAGAGGAUGCCAGCCCCACCAGCCCCCCGCUCCGGUCCUCAGGAAGUAGUCUCUUCCCCCGGCAGCGGAAAUACUGAGCGCUGCUGCCCUUAGGGUGCAGAGCCUACCUGCUGGGGCCUUGGCCCUUCUUCCCUGACCCAGGCUGCUGGGAAACUUGGGAAGAGGAGAGACACUCCAAGCUCCCAACACAGCACCUUGCCAGAAAGAGGACAUACGUGUAUGUGUUUAUGUUUUCUAUUGAACAUCUUUUUGGAGACCUGGGCUAAAUUUUCUGAAUCUAAAAUAAAAAAUACCAAGUUAUCUUCUCUUA